AUGUCCAUCCCCACCGACCAUGCAGUGGGGCUCCGUCACUUCCUGGCUGCCCCCCACAUUUACUCUUUGUGGGCCUUUGAGGAUGCCUGCUACCCUCAUGCCUACCUGGUGGACCGCUCCCUGGUGGGGGGCCUAGGAGGCUGGGACCCCAGCACCAGUGAACUGGAGACUAGGAGACUUUUCAAGGUCUUCGAGAUUUAUCCCGUUCUGGGCCACGGCUCCCUGCUGAGGUGCCUAGGAGGCUGCACUCUCAAGAAGGGGCUUCAGCUGGGGACCCAGCACCAGCGGACGUGGAGGAAGUGCCCACUGGGAGGCCCGCAGGCCCCAGGGCUCCACUGGCAAUUGGGGCUCAAGGAGCUUUCUUCCACUUCCCACGUCAUCUCAUCCCCACGGCCUUGCUCUCACCCCAUGGCUCUCCUCCGAACGCUGCAGCUGCUCUCCACCUGCGUGGCCAUCUCACUAGUGGGCAGCCUGGACAGCUGGACGGUGCCCACAAGUAACUGGUCCUUUGUUAUCUUGUGCUUCUGCUGCCUGGUGACCCUCAUCAUCCUCAUAAUCGAAUCACUGGAGCUGCAGUACCGCUUCUCCUUCUCUUGGGGGGAUUUUCUCCUCUGCCACGCCUGCUACCUCGCCCUCUUCUGCCUCUUGGUCUCCGUCAUUUACCCCACUACCUAUGUUCAGUUUUUGCCUUACACCCCCUCCCGGGACCGCGCCAUCGCUGCUAGUGCGUUCUGCUUCAUUUCUACUGUGUCUUAUGCCACCGAAGCAAUCUGGAUCUUGGGCUGGCCCCGGACAGGUGAUUUCACUGGCUAUAUAGGCAGCUUGCCAUUCCUCCUCAAGAUGCUAGAGACACUGGUGGCCUGUGUCAUCUUACCCUUCAUCAGCAAUCCCUACCUGUACAUGGACCAUCCGUUGCUGGUGUCGUGCGUGGCUGUGUACUCCAUCUGCUUCAUCCUGGGGAUCGUGACCAUCCUGUUGAACCUGGCUAACUAUGAGAACCGGCUGCCCAUCUCCUCCUCCAUGUUCCAUCUGAUGCUGAGCCUGCUGUCUGUCCUUCUCUACACUGGUGCUCUGGUCCUCUGGGUGCUCUACCAAUUUGACGAAAAGUUUGGAGGGCAGCCCGAGAGGUCCAGGGAUGUGAGCUGUCAACAAAGACUUACCAACUAUGUUUGCACCUGGGACCAGCGACUGGCUGUGGCCAUCCUGACAGCCAUUAACCUGCUGAUUUACGUGGCCGACCUGGUGUACUGGGCUCACCAAGUUUCUGUAGGGACUGAGGACCAGCCCGGGGACUCCUGA